AUGGCGUCCACUACCGAUACCAAGAACUACAAGUUCAACCACUCCAUGCUGCGGGUCAAAGAUCCCAAGGAGUCCGUCAAAUUCUACUCCUUCCUAGGCAUGUCCCUAAUCAAAAAGCUCGAAUUCCCCGACGCCAAAUUCGACCUCUACUUCCUCGGCUUCGACUCGCCGCAAGCCGCCUCCGGCGGCAACAACGUCUGGGACCGCGAAGGCCUGAUCGAGCUCACCCACAACUACGGCACCGAAAACGACGCCAACUACCGCGUCAACAACGGCAAUGUCGAGCCGCACCGCGGGUUCGGCCAUACCUGUGUUAGUGUGGACAAUAUCCAGGCUGCCUGCAGGCGGAUUGAGGAGGCUGGGUACCGGUUUCAGAAGAAGUUGACGGAUGGGCGUAUGCGGCAUAUUGCGUUUGCGCUGGACCCGGAUGGGUAUUGGGUGGAGAUUAUUGGGCAGAGGCCCGUGGCGGAGACGGAGGAGGUGAAGGUGACGGAUGUGAAGACUUAUCGGAUGAACCACACCAUGAUCCGAGUCAAGGACGCAGAAAAAUCCCUAAAGUUCUACCAGGACGUCCUAGGCAUGUCGCUGUUCCGCAAGCACGAGGCCGCGGCGGCGGGCUUCAAUCUCUAUUUCCUCGGCUACCCGGGCGAGAAGGGGGUGCCGGGCGAGGGCCAGGGCACGGCGGACCGCGAGGGCUUGCUGGAGCUGACGUGGAAUUAUGGGACGGAGAAGGAUGAGAAUUUCAAGUACCAUGAUGGGAACAGUCAGCCGCAGGGGUUUGGGCAUAUCUGCGUCUCGGUGGACAACCUUGACGCGGCCUGCGCCCGGCUCGAGUCGCUCAACGUCAACUGGAAGAAGCGGUUGACGGACGGGCGCAUGAAGAAUGUGGCGUUUGUGCUGGACCCGGAUGGGUACUGGGUUGAGAUUGUGCAGAACGAGCGGUUCACGGGACAGGAUAACUUUUAG